UCCGCUUCCGGUAACCAGGGCCCCCGCGUCCCAGGCAGUAUCUGUGCUGUGGUCGCGAUGGGAAAGUCAGAUUUCCUUACCCCUAAGGCCAUCGCCAACAGGAUCAAAUCCAAGGGUCUUCAGAAACUGCGCUGGUAUUGCCAGAUGUGCCAGAAGCAGUGCCGGGACGAGAAUGGCUUUAAGUGUCAUUGUAUGUCCGAAUCUCAUCAGAGACAACUGUUGCUGGCUUCAGAAAAUCCUCAGCAGUUUAUGGAUUAUUUUUCAGAAGAAUUUCGAAAUGACUUUCUAGAACUUCUCAGGAGACGCUUUGGCACUAAGAGAGUUCACAACAACAUUGUUUACAAUGAGUAUAUCAGUCACCGAGAGCACAUCCAUAUGAAUGCCACACAGUGGGAGACUCUGACUGACUUUACCAAGUGGCUGGGCAGAGAAGGCUUGUGCAAAGUGGAUGAGACACCCAAAGGCUGGUAUAUUCAGUAUAUUGAUAGGGACCCAGAAACGAUCCGCCGGCAGCUGGAACUGGAGAAAAAGAAGAAGCAGGACCUUGAUGAUGAAGAGAAAACUGCCAAGUUCAUUGAAGAACAAGUGCGAAGAGGUCUGGAAGGGAAGGAACAGGAGGUCCCUGUUUUUACGGAAUUAAGCAGAGAAAAUGAUGAAGAGAAAGUUACAUUUAAUUUGAGUAAAGGAGCAUGUAGUUCAGCUACGGCAUCUUCCAAAUCAAGUUCUUUGGGACCAAGUGCAUUGAAUACAAUGGGGAAUUCAGCAUCAGUGAAACGUAAAGAAUCUUCCCGGAGCACAGCUCAGUCAAAAGAGAAGAAGAAAAAGAAAUCUGCCCUUGAUGAAAUCAUGGAGAUUGAAGAGGAAAUGAAGAGAACCUCUCGGACAGACUGCUGGCUGCAGCCUGAAAUCAUCGUGAAAAUUAUAACCAAAAAACUUGGAGAGAAAUAUCAUAAGAAGAAGGGUGUUGUUAAGGAAGUAAUUGACAAAUAUACAGCUGUUGUAAAGAUGAUUGACUCUGGAGACAAGCUGAAACUUGACCAGACUCAUUUAGAAACAGUAAUUCCAGCACCAGGAAAAAGAAUUCUCGUUUUAAAUGGAGGCUACAGAGGAAAUGAAGCUACCUUAGAAUCCAUCAGUGAGAAGACUUUUUCAGCUACAAUAGUCAUUGAAACUGGCCCUUUAAAAGGACGCAGAGUUGAAGGAAUUCAGUAUGAAGACAUAUCUAAACUUGCCUGAGUUUGAAAAUUUGUUAACAUUAAAAUCCUAAGCAUCAAAUUGGUGUUUGCCAAGACAUUACAAGACUCUACUGUGUUAGGGUACUUCUAUUGUAUAAAGCAACUGGAUUUAUUUAAAUUUUACUGUAUAUUUGUAUAGCUGAACUUACAGAAAAAUCUGUCUUAGGAAGUAUCAAAACUGUGUAAUUUUGUCCUUAUUAUUUUUUGUUUCCUUUGUAAGAUUUUCUUGAUGAUUUAUAUUCAUUAAAAUAAUAUUGUAAGAUA